CUCCCGGAGCGGAUGGCGGCGGCCAGGCUCGGAGCCCCAAGCGCGCUGCCCAGGCAACGUGUCUGAUUCCUUGCCGAGAGCACAAGCUGAUCCUGAAGAUGUGCUCCACCAACCCAGGCAACUGGGUCACCUUUGAUGAAGACCCCACUUUUCAGUCUGCUCAGAAACCCAGGAAUUUCCCUCCAGAGAAUCAAGGGCUCUGCAGACCCAAUGGGCUUAAGCUGAACCUUCCUGGCCUGAAGGAUUUCCCCAGUGCCUCGUCCUCCGCCAACAGCACUCCCCUCUCCUCCCCUUGCGUCGAUUUUUACUUCAGUCCAGGACCUCCGAGUAAUUCUCCUCUUUCCACACCUACCAGAGACUUCCCAGGGUUUCCCGGCAUUCCUAAAGCAGGGACUCAUGUGCUUUAUCCCAUUCCAGAAUGUUCUUCAAGCAGCCCCGUCUCAACCUCAGGAGGAGACUCCUCCCUGUUGCCCACUAAGCCAACCUGUUUACCCAGUGACCACUCCUGUAUGCCUCCGAGUGUCCCAGUAGGCCUUCCCGAUGACAUCAGCAGCCCUCAGCAGGCUGGGAGCCCUUGGGUCCAGGGCGAGGCUCUGCAGUUUCAGGACUUCCAGGAGGACUGCGCCUUUUCAAAUCCAUUUUGGAGAGAUGAAGCCAGAGGGUCCCGAUUGCCCUCCGACCCUCCCCCAAGCAGAAAGGCCUCGUCAUCAAGGGACAAGGAGGUGCCCGUUGACCAGAAAAGCCUGAAUAAAUGUUCUCUCAACUACAUAUGCGAGAGGCUUGAACAUCUCCAGGCAUCCGAGAACGGGGAGGACCCUCCUGGAAAUGCGUCUGCCAAGGGCCUGGCCUCUGGCUUUGUCCCCCACACGCUGUUCAGGAGUCAGCCCAAAGCUGGAUGGUUCUUCAUGCUCAGGAUCCCUGAGAGGAAGAGCGUGAUGUCUUCCAGGCAGUGGGGACCGAUCUUCCUGAAAGUCUUGCCCGGGGGGAUCUUGCAGAUGUACUACGAGAAGGGCUUGGAGAAACCAUUCCGAGAGCUGCAGCUGGAUCCCCAAUGCCGCCUGUCUGAACCCAAAGUCGAGAACUUCGGCGUGGCGGGCAAAAUCCACACGGUGAAGAUUGAGCACGUGUCAUACUCGGAGAGGAGGAGGUACCACGCCAAGACGGAGGCAGUCCAUGAACCAGACGCCGAGCAGAUGCUGAAGUUGGGGACCCCCGAGUACCCAGACUUCCUGGAGUUUCUGACGACUGUGGAGGAAGAGCUGACCAGGCUGCCGGCCGUGUCGAAGACCAAGAGGAGCUACGAGGAGCAGGAGAUCCACCUGGAAAUCGUGGACAACUUUUGGGGCAAAGUCACGAAGGAGGACGGGAUGCUGGUGGACAGCGCUGUGAUCACUCAGGUCUGCUGCCUCUGUUUUGUGAAUGGGACCCCGGAAUGCUUCUUGACCUUGAACGACCUUGAGCUGCAGAAACGAGAUGCAUGCCAUGUCGAGAGAGAACCGGCAAAGAAAGGGAUUGAUAUCCUUGACUAUCAUUUUCACAAGUGUGUGAGAGCAGACGAAUUCGAACGAUCGAGAAUCAUUAAAUUUGCCCCUCUUGAUGCCUGCCGGUUCGAGCUGAUGCGUUUCAAGACUCCGUAUAACGGGGAUGACCUUCCCUUUUCUCUAAAGUCCCUGGUGGUUGUCCAGGGAGCACAUGUGGACCUUCAGGCCUUUGUCAACAUGACCCCGGUGACUCAGGGGCCAUCCCAUGCCAGUGCCUUGAGGAGCUGUGACAAUAUCCUGAUUCACUUUCCGGUCCCUGCUCAGUGGAUUAAGGCUCUCUGGACCAUGAACCUCCAGAGGCAGAAAUCUCUGAAAGCCAAAAUGAAUCGCCGGGCAUGUCUGGGCAGUUUACAUGAACCCGAAACCAAUCCCGUCAUUCAGGUCACGGUAGGGUCCGCAAAAUACGACAUCGCCUACCGGGCCGUGGUGUGGAAGAUAGAUCGACUACCUGAUAAAAAUUCAAGUUCUGAUCAUCCCCACUGCCUGUCUUACAAGCUGGAGCUUGGAUCAGACCAAGAGAUUCCCUCGGAUUGGGAUCCGUUUGCCACCGUGCAGUUCUCAGUCCCCGACUCCUGUGCCUCAGGGACAGAGGUCAGGUGUCUAGGGGUGGAGAGUGACGUCCAGCCACAGAAACACAUCCUGCAGCGAGCGUGCUACAACAUCCAGGUUGAAAUAGAAAAGAAAUGGAUUAAACUCGAUGGAGAAGACCCAGACAGAGCUGGCGGCUGCAUGACUCAGUAGAACAGCCCGAGGAAGUGACGCUGACUCACUUGUCAAAUACGCGUGGCUCAGAGCCCACGGCGUCCAGUGGCUGGUUUGGGGGGGGGUACACCUCAUAGCAAACCGGCCCUACUUGACGCUUCUCAUGUUCUUUUUUUUUUUGCUCUAGGGUUGGCUCACAUGUAUCUCUCACUUGUUGAAUUUGCUUCCUACUAAAACCCCAGAGGCACUGUUUUCCCAGGUGUGUGACCUGGUGGCCAGUUUGGCUGAAGAGGAUUUUGGUUUUUGAUUACUCAGUGGCUUCGUUUGUAAUCUGAGCUACCCAGGGGUGCAUUUUGUUGUUCCCAAGUCCUCCUCGCUGUGUUAGCGUCUGAGCCCCAAGAAAAGUGAAGGAGGCGCAAAGCCGAUCACUUAGUUCCCCUCUUACCUGCCCCCCCCCCG